AUGUUUAAGGAAAAGAUAUUUGUGUUAGCAUUAUUUUCUACUUAUCUAUUCUCAUUGGCAGCUGAUGAUAAGAAUACAUCAUUUUCUGCUCUUUAUGCUUUUGGUGAUUCAGUAUUAGAUACCGGCAACAAUAAUUUUCUUCUUACUUUGCUCAAGGGAAAUUAUUGGCCAUAUGGUUGGAAUUUUGACUAUAAAAUUCCAACGGGAAGGUUCGGAAAUGGAAGAGUUUUCACCGAUUUAGUUGCCGAAGGUUUGGGGAUCAAAAGACUAGUACCAGCUUAUAGCAAGAUUCGUCGCAUUGAUUCAGAUGACCUCAAAACAGGAGUUUGUUUUGCGUCAGGUGGUUCAGGAAUCGAUGAUCUUACAUCUAAAACACUGAGAGUUUUAUCGGCAGCCGACCAAAUAAAAGAUUUUAAAGAAUAUUUGAAGAAACUAAAGAAAAUAGUGAAACGGAAGAAAAAAGUAAAAGAGAUAAUUUCAAACGCAGUGUUUCUUAUAUCAGAAGGUAACAACGAUCUUGGAUACUUUAUCGCCCCCGCUGUUUUACGAUUACAGUCCCCAAAUUUAUACACCAGCAGAAUGGUUGGUUGGACCAAACAGUUUCUACAAGAUUUAUAUGAUCUUGGGGCCAGAAAAUUCGCGGUGUUGGGAGUGAUGCCAGUGGGAUGUUUGCCUAUUCAUCGAGCCGAAUUCGGGGCAUUCGGAUGGUGUAACUCCUACUUGAAUAAAGUUACGCAAGACUUCAACUCCAAAUUGCAGAAAGGUCUUACAAGUUACGCAGUAGAAUACGAAUUUAGAGGUGCAAAGUUUGUUUACGUCGACAUGUACGGUAAACUUAUGGAUCUUAUCAACCAUCCUAAGGCAUAUGGGUUUACAGAAGAGAGAAAAGCGUGUUGUUGUAUGCCGUAUGCGAUAAUACCAUGCUUCAACCCUGAUAAACACAUCUUCUAUGACUUCGCUCACCCAACCCAGAAAGCCUACCAAGUCAUUACUAAAGCACUUGUUUAUCAGAUAGCCAAAGGCCUUGCCUAA